AUGAACCAAUGUUUUCUUCAACAGACAAUCUUGGAUGAAAAUUCAGUGUUAUUAUUCCCGACUUUUGUUAGUUCAGCUCCAGCAGUCGGUCAAUGUGCUCUGCUGACAAUCUCAGGUGUAUUUUGCAUUCUUUGCAAUAUUCUUCGGCUACCGGCAACGCACGUUCCAAUGGGUUUAAAUAAGCGAGGCUUACCAAUCGGAUUUCAGGUGAUCGCUGCACCUCAUCAAGACAGACUCUGUUUAGCAGUCGCUAAAGAAUUAGAAAAAGCAUUUGGCGGCUGGGUUUCGCCGACAAAACUAAAUUAA